AUGAUCGGACAAGAUCGCGAGUCUGCUGCCUGGUCCCAGGCCGGGCUAGGCGCAAGGAGGCGGAGGCGGAGAUGGAGGCGCGGCAGGCUGCCCGGGCCGAACCUGCCCUCCAGGUCCCUCCUCCUUUUUCUCCUUCUCCUCCUCCUCCUCGCCCUGGCGCGCGCGCUCACCUUUCUCCUGCUCUUCGGCUUGCAAACAGAUGGGGAUGUUCUUCUUCCAGCCCGGCAUGGUGCGCCCUGCUGCUGCUCCUCCUCUCUUCGCCCGCGCUCUCUCCCGGCUUUCUUGCUAGCUCGCUCUCUCCCGAUCGCGCUCUCCUCCCCUCUGUCUCUGCGGCUCGCAGCUGCCUCGUAUCGCUCGUCCUCUUCCUCCACUCCCCCGAGGCUGGCUCAGAGGGGCUGGGGCCAGGAGGCGGCGGCUCCCCGGCACAUUGCAGUCGGCGCCGGUGCCUGCCCGGGUCCUUCUCCUCGCAGCCCCUCUCUCUCUCCGCCUCGCUCCCUCGUUAGCGGCGGUCACGGUCAGCGGGCAGGAGGGGCUGCAGCAGCGGCAGCCUUGGGCCGGCGAGGGCUGGGAGAGGGCGGGGGGCUCUCACGCUUUCCACGAGGCCACCCGGGGCCAGGGAGAAGGAGGGGGUGGGCUUCAGAGGAUUUCAAAGCCCUGGGGGGAGGUAGGUGUAAGCUGGAGGAAGGACCGGGUUUCCUUCUGCUGCUGCUGCGGCUCCUUCCCUUUCCUCCUCCUCUUCUCUGGGCCGCCAGCAGGUGGGACUCGGAACCGGAGUGGCCGCAGCCGCCGCCGCACACCGAGCUCUCGGGGCUCCUCUCUCCGGAUCCUCCCGCCCUGAGACCGUGAGCGAGUCUGAACCAGGCGGCGGGCGGGCGAGGGAAAGAGCGAGCGAGCGAGCCAAGCGAGGAGGGAGGGAGCGAGUGCGCGCACAGCUACACUCACAGGCUCUCUCACACACAUAUACACACACAAACACACACACACUCACAGAGCGGAGAGCAGCGAGCGCCAGGGCGGCCACGGGCGCUCCCUUUCCCAGCAGGUGAAGUAACUGAGACCUGGAGACGCUGAGCAACUUGACCUGUGUCACAAAAGAUCCAUUUUCCUGAAUACUGGAUAAUCCUGAGCCAUGAUUAGCCCGAAGGUUUUCUUCACUACAAAACCAAACACUAUGAGCUGCCCCAGUUUUUUUUACUAACCACUAUAAUGUUUUAUGAAGGCUUUGAAAGAACUGCUGGUGUCUUCCCUGAACUGAGGGGUACAUGCCAGGCUGCUCUUUUUGCAAUGCAAUAAUGUAGCCAGAGAAAUUUAAUAACUGUUGAAGAUGGAAAGAUUGGAUUUAUAUAUAUAUAUAUGUAUGUAUACCACUGCAUAAAGCAAUCUGAUGAGACAGUGA